UGGAAAACCCAAACAAACCCAAAAACGGUGGGAAAAGUGUUUCAGAUUUCGGUGGAAAACGAUGAAAACCCGAAACGUUUGGACUUACGAUGAAACGCUGGAGAUGCUCAACAUCAUGCACGAACAGGAAAGCCUGAAGGCCAUGAAUGGUAGACCCUUCCGGAAGGAUAAAGCGUUCCGUCUGGUGAACGAGGAACUGGCCCGGCGCGGCUACCUUCUGCGGGAUCCCAAGAAAAUAGAGCAUCGAUGGAAAAAUCUGAAGCGGAAAUACUUCGAUCUACUCAGGGACCCGAACCUCUCGGAAACGGACUCCUUUCUGUACUUUGAUGAAAUCGAUCUGCUGAUGAAAGGCAAAACCCCCAAGCAAGACGCAUAUCAGCCCCAGAGCAAAUCAGCCCCAGAUAAGGUGAUUAAGGAGGAACCGUCCGAUUAUCUGACUGCCCGGAGCGUUACCGGUGACGAUGAGGAGGUUGAGCGGCCUCGCAAAGAACUGACCAGACCGAUCCAGCAAAGGCGGUCCCUGCGCACAACGAAAGGGAAAUCGAGCCGUUAUAACAUGGAAAACGUUCUGCAACGCUCGUCUCCGUCGUUCGAGGGAAAUUCAACGGAAGAUUUGGUGUAUCGGCUACAAACGCGAUUAAUGAAUUACCAAUUUGAUCUGUACAGCACGGCGCAACGAGAAUCGGAUGAAACUUUUCUGGAUAUGAGCCGCCAGCUGAUGGAGGAAAGCAAUGAACGGUUUAAUACCAUUUUGGAUGAACUGUUGUCAAGACAUGGCCGGUAGUAGCGAAGCAAAGAAGGUCACCCAAUCAAAAGAUCCUGGCACCAUUUUCGGGGUAUCAAUUUACGUGGACACACUGAAAAGUCAAUAAAGGAUAAUUCCAUAAACAAAUAUUACAUUGAGGGAA